AUGUCCCUAGAGGAGCUGAGACUGGAGUGGAAUCACUACACACGCCUUAUUACCGGUUCGGCCACUUCGACGACCAUAUCCGGACUUGCAGCACCUCUCACCGGAGGCAUCCACAAUGCUCGAAAGAAACGUGCGAUCAUCGACUGCCAUCUUGCUCGUUACGAGGAGCAGCAUAUAACUCGAAAACGAGACGUGAUAGGAUCAAUGGCUUUCAGUGGUACUUUGGGAGUAGCAACGCUCGGCAUCGGAUCGAUGGGCGCUGAUAUAGCGCUGACAGAAGGGAUAUGCCAUGGGGUCUUUGAAUCGACAGCUGAGACGGAAGUAAAGGUUGUCACUCACGUUAUUGCGGAUGGAGUUGAGAAAAAGGCUUAG